UUACUCCCCAAGAGCCGUCAUUUGUAUACAGCAACAAAUGAAGUCAUCCCAGAGGCUGGAAGGACACUGGGCCAUACAAAGACCAGAGGGCAUGGCCCCUCAGUGUGAAGCCAUGCUGCACAUAGCCUCAGUUUCCUAGUAGAGGAGUCUGCAGAAGGGUUGUCAGCCCCCACUCGUGGCUGUUCUUGUAGCUGGGCUCCUGCCCACACAGCUGUAGUAUUUUCUACAUGGAGAAAGGGGGGCUUCCUCUCCAGAGUGCACCUUUCCUUUCCCAGGCCCCAGUGCUCCAGUUUUGGAAACAGAAACAGUUGUUCGCUUCUUGGCUGCUUCUCGAAUCAUCCCUGAAUCAUCGUCCUUUGCCGGCCGUACAGAAAAAAAUGCGCGCAGGGUAAAGUGAAGUGUUGGGAGGAAGCGAUUUGAAGCCUGGACGCUAGAAGAGACAAGUUAACCCUUUCCUCUCCUCACCCCAGUCCCUGGCCGCCGCUGUUUCUUACAUCUAAGAGGUCAGAGUUACUUUAUGGUGGGACUACCCAGGGACUUUGAAGUUCUUCCUUGGGACCACAGCCAACAGCAUGAACUGGACGAAUGGCUCUUUAUAAUGCGACGGGUUGUGUCCAGGUCUCCCAGGGCAAGUGAUGCUCGACCAGACUCCGAGCUGAUCGCGGGAGGGGACGGUCUGCCCGCAAGUCCGUCGUUGGGUGGUCACCGGAGGCCGAAGCCGGACCGGGGCCCGGGCGGAGCCGAAGCCCCGCGGCUAGGCUAGACUAGACGCGUCGGGAGGAGCCGGCCGGCGGCACGUGACCGACAGCGGAGGCCGCGGCCCAGAAAUAGCCGCCUCGGCGGUUCCGCCCCGCGGCCGGCGAGAGCCCUGGGAGACGGCUGGACGCAGGCUGGGCGCGGUGCGGCCCGGACGAUGCUGCUGAGCCCCGGCCCGGCCCGACCCAGAGCACAUGAUGGCGAUACGGGAGCUCAAAGUGUGUCUUCUCGGGGACACGGGAGUUGGGAAAUCAAGCAUUGUGUGUCGGUUUGUCCAGGACCACUUUGACCACAACAUCAGCCCCACCAUUGGGGCAUCUUUCAUGACCAAAACUGUGCCUUGUGGAAAUGAACUUCACAAAUUCCUCAUCUGGGACACCGCUGGUCAGGAGCGGUUCCAUUCCCUGGCUCCCAUGUAUUACCGAGGCUCGGCCGCAGCCGUCAUAGUGUAUGACAUCACUAAGCAGGAUUCAUUUCAUACCUUGAAAAAAUGGGUUAAGGAGCUGAAGGAGCAUGGCCCAGAGAACAUCGUGAUGGCGAUUGCCGGGAACAAGUGUGACCUAUCAGAUAUUAGGGAGGUGCCCCUGAAGGAUGCUAAGGAGUACGCUGAAUCCAUAGGUGCCCUCGUGGUGGAGACAAGUGCGAAGAAUGCCAUUAACAUCGAGGAGCUCUUUCAGGGAAUCAGCCGGCAGAUCCCACCCUUGGACCCCCAUGAAAACGGAAGCAGUGGCGGGAUCAAACUGGGGAACCAGAGCUUGCAAGCCAGCCGGCGGUGCUGCUGAGCCGAGGGCGUGGCAUACAGAGCAUGACAGAAGGAGCCAGAGCCCUCUCCUGUGUCCAGGGCACACAGAAGGACCCCACCCACGGGGCUAACUCUGCCUGCUGGAGUGUGAGCGGCUUUGUACCCUGGGAGACCCGCAGGAUGCUGAACGGGGAAGUUUCCUGAAAAGAAAUGAUAGAAAACUCUGGAAAACUCACCAUCCCACUGCAACAUGGCCUCCGGUUUAUGAGAUACACAUGGCGAGCUUGUACUUGCUAGGUAAUAGGUAUAGGUUGGCGUCUUUUGUUAAAGAAUUGUUAGGGAGGUUUUAGAUUUGUCCACAAACCUCAGAGUGCUGUUCUUCACUGAUUUCCUACGUCACCUAGUCAGGUUCCAAUAAUGUCUCCAGGGCCAGGGCCUUCCUUUCUGGCCAGUCCAUCAAAAGUCAAAGGCAGUAUAUAGUAGGUUAGCUCUUAGCUGGCUUUGGCAGGAAGCCUUAGUUUUCUGAGGGAAAUCAGAGAUGCAUAGCUGGACCGUUGCUCAAACUGAGAAGUAAUCUCCUCAAAGAGAGACAAACAUUGGAUUAGAAACUGCCAUCCCUGUCUUUUUUCGUUUAUCCGAUGACCAUUUUUCUAAGGUGUGGCCAUCCGUGAACCAACCAAAUCAGACUAGAACGUUACAUAUAAUUUAGGGGUCCAGAGAGUUAAAUUGUUGCUAUGUAAGCAGUGGGGGAGGGAGGGUAUAAAUGGCAUUUAGGGUACCCCCAGCAUGCAUACCCCCCCCCAUUGCAGUGAGUUUCUACUUAUGGGGAUGAUUACUUUACAGAGCAUUAGGAGACAAUGUCACGAUAUCACAUCUAGGGAUGUUUGAGCCUAAAUUGUAGGGCAGACUUCUAUUCAUAGCGGCUAAUCAUGGGUUACAGCCAACCAGGCAGAGGAACGUUACCACCCCAAAAUUCUGGACUCCUAAAGGUGUAAAAAAUAGGAAGAAGUCCCUUAAACUUUGCCCGCAUUGGAGAAAAAAGGUUGUCAAGCAGUCGGUGCCAAGUCCCAGUCACAGACGGUGCUUGUCAACUCCGGGAUGCCAGCUUCAACAUGGUCUUCCUGCUUCUCCCAACUCAGAAGCUAAUUAAAUCUUAGAAUACAGAGGAGAGCAAACACUUGUCUUGAUUCAAGAAUGUCCCUAGAUGUCCCAUAGCAGACGUCUCAAACACUGUUAGCAAGUGGCAGCUCUGUCUCCUGCCAGGGCCUUCUCAAGACCGUCAGUGUCUGUCCCAACAUCAGACGUCCAACAUCACUGUUACAGGAUUCCACGGGCUGGCAAAGACGUUCAUCCUCUCACUGCAGGUCAAACACACAAACAAAGAACAACUGAGUUGAAGAUGAAGUGGCCUCUCUCCGGCUAGUAUCAAGCUUAUUUUUUGAACCUCUCCCCAUUGGGGGGUAAACUUUCGCUGAGGGCUUGUAUUUACCUGUCUGUCUGUCCAUUCCCAGGGGAGAAUGCCACAGCUUUGGGUGGGUUUUGCAGUGGUCGAGUUUUGCAUGAACUGUCUGGGCUUCACCUUGAGAGUGAGCCACCCUGGGAGGAUUGGAGAAGCAUGCGAGGGUAGGAUACCUUGCUCUUCCCAGGCUGCAUUGACAUUGAUAUCCAAGCCAUGCAGAGGACAAGUAUGCCCGAGUGCCACCAGCAUGAGGGAAGGGAGAUGUGGCACGUGGGCACACGAAUAUUCACACCGUUUGGGGCCUUCUCUGCAGAUGGUGCUGAGGCCUUUGGUGCUUCUCUCCCCUUGGCUUGGCGUUCCUCUUGGGACGUUUUAACCACUGACCCUAAACAAAGACCUAGAAAUGAUAAUUGCUCCAGACAUAGGAUGCAGUGGCCUUAUGGUUACUCUCCAAAUUCCCUUCCCAACCCCCAUUUUCCUCUCUCACAGGUGGCAGGUUUGUAUAUGUGUAAAUAUGAUUCUUAUGUCAGCCACACCCACACGUAAUCUACUUCAGAGUGGCUGUGUUUGGCUCAUGACCUUGUGUCCAUAAGUGAGGCACAGGUUGUCAAAGGGAUUCUUUCUCAGCAGACGUCCCGAAGGACGGUGUUAAGGGUUGUGCAAAUGUUCUAUACAGGUACAGAAUCGACUAGCCAUUUUUUCGUUAGAAGUGGUGUAUCAGGGUACUGGAUAUGACGUCCUCUUGCAGACUAACCUACAUUCUAGCCAACAGCAAGGGCUGUGCCCCAGUGGGAACCCCAUUCUUUCGUGAGGGAGGCUUGAAGGAUCCAAGUGUUCCCUCUGCAAUCAUGGACUCUGGCUUCUUGCUGCUCCGCAGCGUUCUUCCUGGGCGAGGAGUAAGGAGCCAGCGGUCAGCCGACGGUUCUGGCUGUGCUCACAUGUGAUCAUGCCUUUCACCAUCGUCGUGACGCCCAGCAACUCAGCAGUCCCGAGGUCACAUAGACUGUCACCCUUUCUGGUGUUUCUGUAAAGGGUUUCCACUUGGGCUGGACCCAGGUUUUGCACCUAGAAGAUUCCCUCUGCAGACACCUAGGACCCUCGCGUCUUAUACUCCGUUCUAUGAUAAGGCGGUGUUUCCGUCCAAGCUCAUUUGUAUCAGUCGCUUUUGAUUUUAACCCAUUGGUAUGAUUCAUACUAAUAAAUAUUCUAAGGUUUACUGAG